AUGCGCAUCCUUCUCUGCGUUGUUUACGCAAUUGUUGCAACGGCGGCAUAUGUUCCUGGGAAGGUAUUCGAUAGGUUCAUUACGAUAUGGCUCGAGAACCAGGACUUCUCCAAAGUAAGUGCGAAUGGAGAGAUUGCAGAUCUCCGUAAGCAAGGCAUCCUACUCACGGAAUACUACGGCCUCACUCAUCCCUCGCAACCGAACUACAUUGCCUCUAUAUGCGGAGAUUACUUUGGUUUAAAUCAUGAUGGAAUCGUCAAGAUCCCGUCGAAUGUGUCUACGGUGGUGGAUCUUUUCGAUGCGAAGAAUAUUGAGUGGAAGGGUUAUUUCGAGGGCAUUCCUGGUCCGGGAUAUAUGAAUGAAGGGAGUACUAGUAGCGAUGGGAAAGGGUGGGAUUACGUGCGGAAACAUAACCCUUUCGUCUCCUUCGAGCGCAUUGCCGGAAACGGAACCAGACUUGCCCAAAUCCAAGACUUUUUCUCUUUCCAGCGCGAUGUAGAGAGGAAUGCUCUCCCCCAGUACGCCCACCUUUCACCAGAUAUGCUCAACGACGGUCAUAACACCUCUCUUGCAUUCGCAACAUCAUGGAUCAAAUCAUUCCUCACCCCGCUCCUCUCCAAUCCUUCCUUCAUGGACAAAACACUCAUCCUCUUAACCUACGACGAAAGCGAAACAUACCCUCUCCCAAACCGUAUCGUCUCCCUCCUUCUUGGCGGCGCCAUCCCAAAAUCCCUAAAAGGCACCAACGACAGCACAAUUUACAGCCACUACUCCAUCCUCUCCACCAUGGAAAACAACUUCGGCCUCCCCACACUCGGUCGCUACGACGCCGGCGCCAACGUCUUCGACUUAGUAGCCUCGCAAACAGGCUAUAUCAACCACCCUCCACAAUCCUCUCACCCAAUAAACAACUCCUUAUCUUAUUCGGGGUUCCUGAAUAAUGACCCUUCGAAAUACAAACCUAUCCCGUCCCCGAAUUUGCAAUUAGCGGGAGCGGGAGAUCGCGGUCCGGAAAGAAUGGUUAAACUGCUUUGGGUGACGAGGGAGGCAGAAAAGACGCCGUAUGAUGGAAGUGGGAACUUCUUUGAUGGAGGAAAUGGGACGCCUGGGUCGGAAUGGGAGCCUGUUUAUAAGGUUCAGGCGCCGGAACCCGUCUUUACUGCAGUGCCGAAGGCAAGUCCGACGAAACACAGUGCUGGUGUGAAGUUAGGUGUUUUGGGUAUAGAAUUUUGGAUUGCAGCGAUUCUGGGUACGUUUCUGGGAAUUUGCUGA